AAAUGUCAACCUUCCACCAUCACCCAACAACACCCAUUUCACUCUUCCUAUUAAUUCCUCUGAAAACCCAUCUAAUUAUCUUUCUCUCUCCUCCAAUUACUUAAUCUCCCAUCAAAGUUUCUUUCUCUCUCCUCCAAAUUGCCAAAAAAUCCCAUCAAAGUGAGAACUAAAGAGAGAGAAAAUGGAGCAGAACUUGAGAGGAGUACCAACUCAUGGAGGAAGGUAUGUACAGUACAAUCUGUACGGAAACCUUUUUGAAGUUUCUAGUAAGUAUGUUCCUCCUCUUCGCCCUGUUGGUCGUGGUGCUUAUGGUAUUGUCUGUGCUGCUGUCAAUUCAGAAACACAAGAAGAAGUAGCAAUCAAGAAGGUCAGCAAUGCAUUUCAUAACAGAAUUGAUGCCAAAAGAAUACUCCGUGAAAUCAAACUUCUUCGUCACAUGAAUCAUGACAAUGUUAUCUCCAUCCGGGACAUAAUACGACCUCCACAGAAAGAGAACUUCAAUGAUGUAUAUAUGGUUCAUGAACUGGUGGAUACUGAUCUUCACCAAAUAAUACGAUCCAACCAACAGUUAACAGAUGAUCAUUGUCGGUAUUUUCUCUAUCAAAUAUUACGAGGCUUGAAGUACAUUCACUCGGCUGGUGUGCUGCACCGUGAUCUGAAACCUAGCAAUUUGCUAAUGAAUGCGAACUGUGACCUUAAGAUUGGAGACUUUGGACUUGCAAGAACAACUUCAGAAACCGAUUUCAUGACCGAGUAUGUUGUCACUCGGUGGUAUCGAGCUCCAGAAUUGCUUUUAAACUGUUCCGAGUACACUGCUGCAAUUGAUACUUGGUCUGUUGGAUGCAUACUUGGGGAAAUCAUGACCAGAGAACCCCUUUUCCCUGGAAAGGAUUAUGUUCAUCAGCUGAAACUUGUUACUGAGCUCAUAGGUUCACCUGAUGACUCCAGUAUAGCAUUCCUACAGAGUGAGAAUGCUAAAAGAUAUGUUAGGCAGCUUCCUCAAUAUCCAAGGCAACAACUCUCUGCUAAAUUUCCAAAUGCUUCUCCGUUGGCUAUUGAUUUGCUGGAGAAAAUGCUCGUCUUUGAUCCCAGCAAGCGUAUGACAGUUAACGAGGCACUCUGCCAUCCAUACCUUGCCCCUCUACACGACAUAAAUGAGGAACCUAUUUGUCCCCAGCCAUUCAGUUUUGAUUUUGAGCAGCCAUCUUUCACAGAAGAGAAUAUCAAAGAGCUCAUUUGGAGGGAGUCCGUGUCAUUCAACCCAGAUCCCCUCAUUGGUUAAUUGUUGUACCAGAAGUGACUUUCUUUCAAGAGACGAUGAAAGUGAAAUGUGACAUGGUGAUAAACAGUGGUAUAAAGCCCUCUUUGUUCUGAAGAAUAGCAGAAUGUAAAUUGCUUAUAAUAGAUGUUAUGGUAUAUCACUGCUUACCAUAAAAUCUAUGGAGAUUCCUUUAAGUGCCACUGAAAUGGUGUUGAGGCAAAAAUGCAUGUACAUACAGCACGAUUCUCACUAUUAGACGAUUUUUUUAUACCUUGUUACCUUAGGAAUGUGGAUUUUUUCUGUCUUGUUGGAUGAUGUAGCAUCUUGUUGUAUCAAAUAAUUGAUUCAGUGCGCUAUUGUUACAUAAUAUUUGACAUUAGAUUGUAUGAGUAUCAUACUUGAUCACAUUUUUCUAUAUGAAUAUCCUUUAAGUUUAAGCUCGAUA